GCAGAAAGCUAUGGCUCUGGGAGACGCUGGGGUGUAAAACGUAACAGAAAUCGUCCGUGCGCCCUCAUCCGAUUAGGCUCAAAUGAAAACCAUAAUUUCUGCAAAGCCUAUUCGCCAUUUGAAUCCUCACUUCUCUCCAUCGAUUCUGCUCUUCCAUUAUCCAUCACUUCCUCGGAAAAAUCGAAAUUUUCUUCACUUUUCGAACAGAAAACAGCUUUGGAGUUCCAAAGGCCUGAAUUUCUCCUCUGUCACAGUUCCUUCUGCUUUGGAUGUGGUGAAUUACGGUGGAUGGGACGAUCCGAGGCUCGGUGGUGGCUCGGAUCAGUCUGGUGAGUCAAAUCAGUUUCGUAAUUUUUUGGUUUCUGUAGGAAUUGAUGAUAGAAAAUACUUGUUCGUUUUCCUCCUUGGUCUUGUUUGUGCUUUGGCCAUUUCUAGGGUUAGGGUUUCUUCAAUUCUGGUUUUUCCCGCUUCUGUUUUUGUUUUUGCCGUGGGGUUUUCAUUUGGGCUUGUUCGUGGAGGAAGUGCUAGCGAGGUGAGUUUAAGCUCGAAUAAGAGAAAUUCCAAGGAUGAAAAUUUUAGGCUUUCAAUUGAGAAAUUGAGGAAUUUAGUGGAUUUUUUUGAUGGAUUUGAUGUUAAAGUUAAUAAUUUAAAGCACGAUAUAAGAAGAGCUAUUGAUUGCAAUCAAAUCACUGUGAGUGAUUUAGAAAGUUAUGUCAAGGUCAUUGAAUCAAUCAGCUUAUCAGCAUCACAUUCUAGAAAUAUUAUUGGAGUUUGUAUUGAUGAAAUGGGUUUGGUUAAUCAAGAAACGGACAGGAUUUCGGAUCAUAAGCCAAGUAGAAGGAGAAAAGAUGUAAGUGAAACUGGUUUUGAUUUAUUCCAAUUAGUCGGUGGUCUGUUUGCAGAUCAUUUGGUUGGUUCAAAGUCUAGUAAACUGAAGGAUGGUGCUACACGAGAGGGGGUGGAGGCGGAGGUGAGUGAUCAAAGUCAAGGAAAUGCUGUUGGAAAAAGGAUUUUCAAUUCUGUUAAUGACAAUAAGCUUGCCGUGGAUCAGGAUGGAGUGGAAAAAUUGGGUGAUGGAACUAGGAGAGUAAAGAUAAUUCCAGAUGAUGGGAAAAUGAAUCUGGAGGGGACAGGUAGGGGUGCUAAAAGACUUCUUAACCAUGAAGAGUAUAGCUACCAGGACGGUGUUGAAAAAUUAGGAGAUGGAACUAGAAGACUAAAGGUAAUUCCAGAUGAUGGGAAAAUGAAUCUGGAGGGAAUGGUUGGGAGUGCUAAAAGACUUCUUAAACAUGAUGAGUAUAGCUACCGGAGUAGGAGACUUCAGUUCAUGAAUGAUCGCCAGGUCUCUCUGAAGAUGGGCCAUCAUGAUGAAAUUGAAACGUGGACAUCCCAUGAAAGUCAGCUUGAUUCUGUGGAUUUUAGUUUCAGUCUGAAACAUAAGGAAACCAAGGCACCAUUUGGACAAGAAAACAUGCUCAAGAAUUCAAAUGGAGCUUACAUGCAUACUGAUAGCAGUAAAAAGAGUGAAGAUGGGAGUUACAGAUCUCAUUUCAGAGAAGAGAAUCUGAAUCAAAUUGAUGAUUCCCAUCUGGAUGGUCAUCAGGUUGCGCAAGAAAGUGAGAUUGGUCCCUCUUCAUCUCGAGUUUCAGAUGAUGCAUUGUUUGAUAGGUACCUUUCAGAAGCAAAUGACCUUCUUAAGCAAGCUAGGGAAUCUGUAAGGGGUAGAGAUCAUGAAGAGCAUGCAGAGAUCAGAUUGUACAAGUCUGCCAAAUUACUCUCCCAAGCCAUAGCCAUGAAGCCCAUGAGUUUAGUCGCUGUGGGCCUGUUGGGAAACACUUAUCUUCUUCAUGGUGAACUGAAGUUAAAGAACAGUCGUGAGUUGAGAACUCUCCUUUCAAGAAAUGAUCCCCUGUUGAUUAACAAAUGGGGUAAAGCACUGAAAGGACUAGAUGAUCGGUUCAGCAGUAAAGAUAAAAUUGGAUCUGUUCUUGUUGAUGUGUGUGAGGAGUGUGAAGAACUCCUUGUUGAGGCUGGCAGAAAAUAUAGGAUGGCAUUGUCACUUGAUGGAAAUGAUAUGAGAGCACUAUACAACUGGGGCCUUGCUCUCUCCUUCCGUGCACAAUUGAUUGCAGAUAUUGGACCAGAGGCAGCAUUUGAUGCUGACAAGGUGUUCAUGGCUGCAAUUGACAAAUUUGAUGCAAUGAUGUCCAAAGGCAAUGUAUACACGCCUGAUGCUCUGUUCAGAUGGGGUGCGGCAUUGCAGCAAAGAUCUCGCCUACGGCCAAGAAAUAGUAAAGAGAAGGUAAAGUUGUUGCAGCAGGCGAAGAGGCUAUAUGAAGAUGCGCUUGAUAUGGACUCUGACAAUUUCCAAGUAAAAGAGGCCUUGUCGUCAUGCAUAUCUGAGCUCAGUUUUAGGCGAUUUUAGUAGUUGAAUAUAAAAUCCGGUAGGCAGGCAGCUGGUCCUCACGGUUCUUUUUUCUUUUGCCCAAUUCACCUGGUACAAGUGGGCCUCUUAGCUUCUUAGCCAUUUAUGAAUAAUUACAUGAUCCUAAGAAAAAAUUGUGAAAGGACCCUAGAGUUCCUUAUGCACCACCAAAUAAUUUCUAGGAAAUUAAGUUUUAUGCUACUAAAUUCAUACCCCAAACCACGUCUCUAAUAAAGAUGAAUGGUUUCUGUGAUGCAAAAUUGUUGUAUCAAUAAAUAGAGAAGUUUUAUUCAGCUGAUUUUAAGUUU